UGGAGCGCCCCCGCAGGGCGCUGAGAGCCCGAAGGCCGAGAGGAAGGCGCGAAGAGGGGCGGCGGCCGAGCCGGGGUGGGCAGCCCGCGAGGCGGCGAUGGAGGCCGGGCCGUGAAUGGAGCCCAGCGGCGGCGGCGGCGGCAACAACGUCGGGUACUACUCCGGCUUCGCGCGGGUCCCGGCGGCGGCGGCGGCGGCGGCGGCGGGGCUCCAGGCCGAGGCCAAGGCCGCGGCGGUCGCUGCUGAGGCCAGGCCGGCCACCCAGGGAUGGAAGAGGAGCCCGUCGGACAGCGCCUUGUCGCGGGGGCCCAGCCGCCGGGCGUGGAGCGCCUUCGCCCCCAGCACAAAUCUAAAGCUUUUUCUUGAGAGGGAUUUAUCAAAAGAACGUCAGGAGUUGCUAAAGGAUCAAAGACAGUUUCAUAAUCGAGCACGAAAACAUUCUCUAGAAACAAAUAAACGAAGGAGAGCACUUGAAGAAAAAUGGAAGAAAGAGGAAGAAAAAGAACAAAGAUUUAGAGAGCAGAUUUUACUGCAACGGAAACUAAAACUCCAGGAAGCAACUGAGAAGUUCCAGCGCGGCCAUCUUCCAUAUUCACAGCGGAAAAGAGUGCAGAGAAAACCAGAAUCUACAUUGGAUGAAGCUUUUGAAAAAAUUCAAGUAACUGGAUUACAGUUGCCAUUAUACAGAUGCAAUGGCAGAACUACUGACACAGUUUCCUCAGCAAUCAGAAAUGGCCCUUUCCUGUGGAAACAAACAGCAAAAACUGGUAGUGAUAGAAUUACAGAGGAAAAUGAUAGGGCCAGUCUGGAUAGAGGCCAGCUUCUCUUCCAGCAAAAUCUGGAGGAAAUGCAGCAGCAACUGCAGGAACAGCAUUUCAGCAACCUUCAGAGUUUUCAUCGAGAAGUGAAUGAAAUAACCAAUUCGGAAAGUAUUGGCAGUGUCGACAGUCUGGAAGCUGGAGAACAAAUUGAAAGUUUUGCAACACCCACUGAGGCUUCUGCACAGUUGGACUCCACACUAUACACUUCACAGGAAUCACAAGCUAGAAACAAAAGUGUAUCCGAUUACAUUAACAUGACUUUUUCUAAAAAUCAGCAUGUAAAUAAUUGGCUCAUAAAUUUAAAUACCUCAAAUAUCCAAAGAGCUUCUCCUUUUCAUGAUAUGUUAAUUAAAUACAAUGUUCUAAAUCCUGAGGAGGAGGCCUGCAAUCCUGCUCAGAAACCACCCCUUCUGAGUACAUCUGAACAAAAAGAGUCUGAGAGAUGUACUUCUGAUGAUGAUCUAGCUUUUAUGCAAAAUAAAAGAGGUGAGAAAUGCUCUCUGUUGAAGAAUCCAUCUUCAGGACCAAUUAGCACAGAAGAUCGAGUAGCUGCUGAUAAACUUGCACCCAAAUUCAACCAAGUCUGGGCUACCUCUGAUCCAUCUCCAGUUGCUUUAGAACAAGAAAAGAAUUCUGAAGGUCUCCAGAAUAAUAGGACUUUGUUGGCACAACCCUCCAAUCCAAUUGCAGCAACACCUGUAGCCUUUCCUACUGGACAGUGGAGUUCCACUGCCCCUUACAAUAAUGGCUUCUUAGUUAAUUGUUGGCAAAAGGGGAAGGAUGCCCAUGCAGCAAGAUGUACUGAAGAUAUAGAUUGUGCAACAGGUGCUGAAAUGGAAAAAUACUUCAGUCAUACUAACAAUGAAGCAUCUUUGGUCGAAGAGGUGCGUAAAAGCAGCCUUGAUCAACAGAAUGACAAAGGAAAGGAGAAAACGUCUGAUAUUAUAUUAUCUGUACCCUCCAGAGACUGUGCAGCCAAUUUAUCUGACCGUGACCACCAGUGGAACAAUAAUGCUAAUGAGAUAAAAGGAGUGAAAUUUCCGAAAAGUAUUUUGAAGAAAGAAUCUAAAUAUGAGCCUAAUGCUAGUUUCAAAGCACUGGUUGUAAACCGAGGGAUCAGAUUUGGGAUUCAGUCUGUAUCUUCUAUCAGAGACAGUGUUGAACUGGCUAAAACGAAAGGGAAAGAUGUAGAUAUUCAAAAGAACUAUAAAAAACUUAGAUGGUUUGAUGAAAUUAACAGAACAGAAGAAACUAAUGAUAAUGAAAAAUGUUCAGAACAAAGUAUAAUUGAAAUACCUCGGGCACCAUCCCAUUCUUCUGGUUUUCCAAUCAAAGCUACGACUUCUAGAACAAAUCUUAGAAGUGUUCCUUCUUGCAAUAUGAAUUCUACUUUAGUAGAAAAUUGGCAGGAUAAUUCUGAAACAUCAACCAAAAUUGCUGCUUCUGGAGGCUCAGAAAGAGUUUAUGACACACUGAAUCCUUUUGAAUCAACGAGAUAUCGUAUUGCUAAAGAGGCUUGGAUGGCGCCAAAAGGUGAGGAAAUCAAACCUUCUCCAUGUGUUGACCUUAAAAAUCCAAAAGGCAAUCCACGCAAAAGUCGAGCAAAAAUGAUCAAGAGACCAAAAUCUGCCAAAGUCCCAUCAACUUUCACCCCCAGAAACCGAAAGGGUACCAUUAUCCGACCUCAGUCUGCCAGUGAAGCCACCAAUGUUAUGAAAACUCAGGGCAAAAUCAUGGUUCCUCACCCACCUUAUAAAUCUGUAGGAGGCAAAAGUACUGAUCAAAAUGGUAGCUCACUUUUAAAUGAAGAUCAGGAUUUGAACAGAGACACUACAGAAGGCCCUUCACCUCACAUGGGCACUGGGAGUCUUUCUGAACCUCCUCCUAGUACACAUGAUCCUUUGACAAAGACCAGUCACAUGGCAAACACUACUCAGUCAACUGCACAGCAUGACAAUGCUAUAAAAAGAAGUCCUGGAUACUCAGAAAAUGGAUUAUGUCUAGAUCACACCCCAAGCGAUGAAGAAAUAGAACUUGCAUGCCAAGGAGUGCAUACUGUACAGACUCAAAAGGACGGGGCUGCUGGGGAUUUCAAGCAUUGUCCUAUACGUCACAAUAAUUUAAGCAAUGGGGACUCGCAGCCCAUUAGAGCUAGUGUGCCCCACAUCACAAUUGAUGGCGGCAAUCUGAUAAACAAUGUGAAACCAGGUAUUAGGGUGAAUGGAUUUUUUUCUUCUCAGCCAAGCAGUGCUGUUGCAAGACGAAAAUAUAGUAAUGAUAAUAGUGAAAAUAAACGCAAGGCUCUUUUAGAACAGAGAAGACAAAUGACAGCCUCAGCAGGAUGGAAACCGUCUUAUUUUGGACAGAAUUCAACACAAACCAUGAAAUCUGGACCAUUGUCAUCUGCUUCUGAGCCGGUGCACGCUAUGGGUAGCGUUAGUCAUUCUGACGAAGCAAACGCUGCAGCUGCAGAAGGUGAAAUCCUGACUUGUGUGGACCCAGCGCAACAGUACAAACCAACGGUGGUGCUAAAUAGACCCCUGCGGCCAGGCAUGAGUGCACUUUCACUUGAAGAGUACAAAGUUCUUCAGUCUCUUGACCGCCUUAAUCAAAGGCUGCAAAAUGUCCAAGAAACAAUGAACAAGAAUCCAUCCUCCACAAGCAUUUUACAAACAAUUGCACCUUUGGUUACAUCCCCUUCUUAUGUGGACACAAUGCCAUCCAUACAACGGUGUAAGAGUAUAUUAGCUGAUGCCCGAACUCUUACACAGAGAAGAUAUUGACAUGGCCUAACAAAGGCUGCUAAAAUGGGGUUUAUUUUAAUAUAUUCUUCGCUGCUAACUAUGUAACAUAUUUGCAAUUUGCCUUAAAUACUAUUCCAAAAAAUCCAAACAAAAUAAAGAUGUAACACAAGUAUUGACUGCUUGUUACCUAGUUUACAUACAGGGCAAAAAUUACUUUAUAUAUGCACUUUAUUGUAUAAUAUAUUGUAUUUUUUUUAAAGAAUGGAAAUACCUCACUUUUGAAUGUGUGGUGAUGUUUGUAAAUUUAUUGUACAUUUUAAUUAAAUUGAAAAGAAAUUAUUUUGCUACUGAUAAAAUUAUGUAUGAGUUUAUCUCUUAAACUUUAUGGCUUUCGUUAACUGCUAAAUAAAUUUCUAAUACAUUUGUAAAAGGUAUGUUGCAGAAAAUUAUCAUCAAUUAUCUACAGA